ACACCUGCUCCACCACAUUGCCAAGUUCCAUCUUCCUCCGGAUAGUGUCUCUGGCUGGACCCGGAAGGUUUGAGGCUCUGUGGCCCCAUCCUCUGGGGAAGCCAACUCCAGCAUCAUGAGAGGCGUCUUCAUCGCUGGUGUCAUUGCGGCAUUUGCCAUCACAGUUGUAGACUCCCUGAAUUGUACACAGUGUCAUACGUACAAUAGCACCUGUGAUGCCCAGGCCACUGAAUGCAGUACGCAGUCCUUCAGUUGUGUGGAGUCCUCUGUCAACUCCACUCUAGGAGGGUUCCUGCAUGUGUACCAGAACAAGUUCUGCUCCGCAUCGAAUUGCACCAAGAACAGCACGGAGGUGGCCUUCACUGUCCAUCUAUUUGAUGACCAAAGAUACCAUUUUGCAAGCCAGUGCUGCCAAGGAGCAUCCUGCAAUGCCACCCACUCUGAAUCCGGAACACAGAACGUAACUGACAUGCAGUGCAUGUCUUGCUAUGGUCACAACAAAACACUCUGCGAGGAGAAACCCCAAAAGUGUUACGAAGGAGAACAAUGUGUCUACAUCAUUGCAGAGAUGGUAAAUGGGUCUGGCAGAGUGGAGCUGAAGGGCUGUUCCGAUAUCAGCAAGUCUACUUGUCAAUUCCUGUCCACUGGGAACACGACAGUUGGAGAGUUUGUUUUCAAGUCGGUUGAAUGUACGCAGCCCACUGAGUCCAACUUGACCACCACUAUCCCACCAAUCACCAACACUUCCCUCGCCUCUGAUACCCCACCAAGUAUCAACAUUACCCAACCAGGCAUCAAAACUCCCCCCGCGCCUGUUACUUCACAGGCUAGCAUGGGCAUCAAAGCUUCCUUCACCUUCUCUAUCUUCGGCAGCCUCCUCCUUCUGAAGCUGCUGUUCUGAGGUUCCUGGGCUCUGCUCCAUCCAGUAUCCCAUGGGUGUCAACACCUUUCUCUUCAUAUACCUUCCAGUUAGACUGUCCAGUGGGUUGGAAGUCACAGGACUCCAGGCAAUGCUAGCAGCCACAGUAUCUCCUUUAUUAAAGUGUUGCUUGAAGUCUAGA